AUGAUUUCGAUUAUUCUCCUACUCAGUGUAACAAUUUCUUAUGCAGCUGAAAGCACACGAUAUCCAAUAGGGGCUAUAUUUAAUAAACAAACACUGUCGACGUCAGCAAAAGCUUUCGACAAUAUUGUGAGCUCGGGCACUACGAGGGCGUAUCAUGGCCGACCUAUAUGCCUACAGGUUGUUGACAGUUAUUCUACCGCUUUAGAAGUAUGCCAAAGUACAUCGGACAAUAGAGGCAUCGUGGCACUGAUCGACCCGCGGCCGACAGGCGGCGUGUGUGAUACCACUUGCCUGUUAUGCAACAGACUGAAUAUAUCACAUUUGUCUAUGGGUUGGGAGCCGGCAGACACGCUGAAAAAUGACUUGUACACGCUUAUGUAUCACCCACCGCCGGAACUUAUAUCCAAAGCCUACGCUACGCUAAUUAAAAAGCUGCAGUGGGAUAAAUUCACAUUUUUCUACGAAGACGAUGGAAGCUUCAUCCGCCUGCAAGAAGUUUUAAAUUCAUGGCCAUAUAAACACGAGCAAAUAUUUUACAUGAAACUGGACCCAGACGGUGACAACAGAGAAUCGUUCAAAAAUGUAUUCAAAGUGGAACACAUGAGCUAUCACGUAAUUGAUUGUGCCGUUGAGAACAUACGGAAAUACAUGACAGAGAUCAUACAGGUGGAAAAUUCUACCCAAUAUCAGAGUUUUAUAUUAACAAAUUUAGAUGCGUACACGGUCAAUUUGGAGGACAUACCAGAUUUGAUGGCGAACGUUACUACGAUGCAUUUAACGACGUCUAACGAUAUCAGAUGGAAAGAUAUGGAUAUGAAUACAGCUAAUAUAUCAAUAAGGCUAGAAACAGCGUUAACAGCGGAUGCCCUAACCCAUCUAGACAAGGCUAUACGAGGAAUGCAACAAGAUAGAGGGUCCUACAGGGUAGAUGAUCCCCCAGCAUUAUGUUUUAUGAACAAUAAAGCCGAUUACGAAGGAACGGCCUGGUCGAGCGGUGACGCGCUACGAGAAUCCCUUAUUAAGACUCCAGCGAAAGGUUUUACGGGUAACAUUGAAUUCGACGAAGAGGGUAAAAGAACUAACUUCGUACUACAUUAUUCGAAAUUGAGUAACGAAAGUCAGUUUAUUUAUACCGGCUAUUGGGACUCUAGAACGGACAUGAUCACUGAUGAAAAGGCUGUCACGGAUCGAUCAGCAGCAAGGUCUUCGAAGUCUGCUAUAAGGGUUGUAUCAAGAAAGGGCAAACCAUAUUUCGAUAUAGACGAUUCGAACGGAACUGUUGUGUUUCGCGGCUAUGCUGUGGACCUUGUUGAUGCUAUAUUUAGAGUGAUACGAACAAAAUACAAAGAGGAUAUGAAGUACGAGUUUUACCGAGUGGCUGAUGACAAUUAUGGUAAUAGGGUUCCUGGGACUAAGAAAUGGGAUGGCAUUGUAGGCGAUCUAUUGGACCAUAAUGCUGAAUUAGCGGUGUGUGACUUUACAAUAACAGCCGAACGUAAUUCGGCUGUAGAUUUUUCAAUACCAUUCAUGUCUUUGGGAAUCAGCAUGUUGAUAAAGGAGCCAGAAGCAGAAGCACCAGAUAUGUUCUCGUUCAUAAAACCUUUGUCUUUGGAUGUGUGGCUAUAUUUGGGAACGACAUACAUCAUUGUCUCAUUUGUACUGCUUAUAUGCGCUCGAAUGAGUCAAGAUGAUUGGGUGAAUCCUCACCCGUGUAACCAAAACCCGGAAAACUUACAAAACAUAUGGAGUCUAUACAAUUGUAUGUGGCUGACUAUGGGGUCAAUUAUGACACAGGGCUGCGAUAUAUUACCAAGGGCCGCUGGUUCGCGCUGGGUAACUGGAAUGUGGUGGUUUUUCGCUUUAAUCAUUACUGCAUCGUACACCGCCAAUAUGUCUACGUUCCUUAGAAAUAAUCGACGUAACACGGAAAUAACGGACGUUAAAGAUCUCGCCGAACAAAAUAAAAUCUCGUACGGUGCGGUCACGAAUGCCUCUACGUAUAAGUUCUUUGAGACAUCAAAUGAUACCGUCUAUAAAAAACUCUGGGCAAACAUGCAAGCAGCUAAACCGACAGUCUUUACUCAUUCAAACGAAGAGGGCCUACUUCGCGUGUUACGUAGCAAAGCGAAAUAUGCUUUCUUUAUGGAGUCCACCGCUAUAGAAUAUUAUCUGCAAAGAUAUUGUGACCUGAAAAUGGUUGGUAAUAAAUUAGACUCGAAAGAUUAUGGGAUCGCUAUGCCGAAAAAUUCUCCAUACAAAAGCUAUAUUGACAGCGCGAUAUUGGCUUUGCAAGAGUCAGGAGAGUUAUUGGCACUGAAGAAAAAGUGGUGGGAGGAAGAGGACAACGUUUCUCAUUGCGAAAAAAAUACAGAUUCAGAUGAGACUGACAGCGGUUCGCUGCAAAUGAAGAACACAAGUGGUAUUUUCCUCGUGCUUGCUGUUGGUGGGGUCAUUGGAGUGAUUGUUGCCAUCAUCGACUUCUUGUUACAUGCCCGAAAAAUUUGCGUUAAAGAAAAGAUAACAUAUAAAGAAGCACUUAUAAGUGAGUGGCGCGUGUCUUUGAACCCACGGGAACUGCACAAGCCAGCCGCUCCGCUACGCUCGGCUGCGCCUUCCACCGCUAGCCCGUCUCCGCUGCGUGACCGUUCACGGUCUCGGGCAGUCUCUGUACUCCGAGCUGCUACAUCAUUUAUCAACUUCGAUGAAAUUUAUUAA